AUGGUCGAUGAGGACAAGGAAAAGGAGCGCGUAAUGUCGCUGCCACAGCUGCAAAAUCUCAUGAAGAGGGACCCGGAGGCGUACUCAGUAGAGUUCGACCAACAGUGGUCCCACUUCGAUAGCCAGAUGGAGAUCUUCAAGCUGAAGCCACAGAAGCCCUCGAGCUCUUUUGCGGAACAGGUGAUGUUCCUGGCCCAUGUGGCUCCGAGCUUUCCAGACCGGGCCAAGGCCUUUCCAGACCUUCUGAUCAGUGCAUUGAACGACCACUUCGAAGUCAUGCACAGCAAUAUGCGGACAACGCUCGUGCAGGCCCUGAUUCUGCUUCGCAACCGGAAUCAGUUUCCGUGCAGCAAGACGCUGCCGGUAUAUUUCAAGCUCUUCAAGUCGCAGGACAAAGGUUUGCGAAAAAGCAUCUUCACCCACAUCGUGCGCGACAUUGCGCACAUGAACCAAAAGUCCAAGAAUCAGAAAGUCAACUUCGAGCUGCGUGACUUUUUCUUCGCACGGCUGAAGGAAUCCGAGACCGAGGUGUGCCGGCAUGCGUGUGCUGUCUUCAUUACCAUGUACCGACAAAAUGUCUGGUGCGACACACAUGUGGCCAACCUCAUGAGUGCCGGGCUGCUGCAUCCUGAUUUGAAGAUCGCAGCUGCAUUGGCACACUUAUUCCUUGGGAACAAGACCAAGGGACUUGAGGGCAUCCUCGACGAGAGUGACGACGAAGAAGAGGACGACAAUAUCAACGAGGCCGUCAUGGGCAUUGUUGGUGCCAAGAAGACGGGCAACAGAGUGAAGAGACUGAAGAGGGCCAAGAAAGCUGCCAAAAAAGCAGCGAAAAAAAACGGCAAGAAGGACAACUCAGCCGUGAGCUUCGUUGCCAUUGAUUUACUAAAUGACCCGCAAACUCUGGCCGAAAAGCUGCUGCAGCGCUUGAGCAAGGGCGGCGAGCCCUUCCUGUUUCGACUGCUGAUGCUCCACCUCGUUGCCAGGUUAAUCGGUCGGCAUCAACUGCAGGUUCUGAACUUAUAUCCGUUCUUGCAGAAGUACUUGGUCCCAACACAGAAGGAGGUUACCAAAGUGAUGGCUGCCUUGGUAGAGGCAUCGCAUCCGGCUGUGCCACCUGACGACGUCCGACCGGUUAUCUUGCACAUAGUUCGGUACUUCGUCACGGAGGCAAACUCUCCUGAGAUCAUCGAAGUUGGUGGCAAACUUAUCCUGUGUGAUGCGGGAUGCCUGGCAUGCCUGGGUCGCCUGAGUAUCAAUGGCAGCAGCUUGCCCAGCACUGUGGAAGUGGAAGUCUUGGGUGUGAGAGACGAUAGCCAUCUACAGGGGACAACAGCUUUCUCGGUUUGCCGGCAGAUGGCACUGGCACUCGUCAUGGACUCUCGCAGAGGCUUCAUCCGCAGCUUCUACACCGCUCACUACGUGGUCGAGAAGCGACGAUGGCCGUCAGCGUGGCAAGAGACAGCGUUGCACUGCAAAAAGAUUUGGCUCAUGCUUGGCAGCUUCGAGGCAUCGGAGCAGAUCGAAGGGCUUGACCUCCUUGCGGCAUCCAAGAAGCACAAGGUGGAAGAUGGGACUGCUGCAGACGCGAAAGAUCUCAUGACCGAGAAGGUCUUGAGCCCGGACGACUUCAAGCAGCUCCGAAAGCUUCGCCUGCAGAAGUCCAUCGAGCUCCAAAUGGGCCGCAAACGACCAGCGGAGGAGAUGAGCUCUUCUUCUAACUCCGGCAGCGAUUCCGAUGCUGAUGCAGAGGAGGACGAGCGCGGGCUCACAGGCCGUCUGCCGGACCAAGUUUCUGGAGACAUGCUCGCUGCUGCACCAAAAAGGGCGCGUACCAAAGCAGAACGCCUCGCCAGGGCCAAGCCGAAGCCGCAGAAGCAACAACUGCUGGUUGCUAGUUCUUCAACACGAAAGCCACAAGCGCGGAUGUUUUAUCGUUUGGUCUUCAUUCUGCUGGCUGCCUUCGAAUCAGGCCCAGGCCGACCGAGCUUGGCCCAAGGCACUACCUUCGCCUGCAACGAUGGGUGUGUGAUAUCCUCAACCUUCCUGGGCGACGAUCAUUGUGACUGUUCCGGCUGCGAGGACGAAACCGCCUGGGAUUGUUUCAGUUGCUCUUGCCCUACUAGAUGCGGCCAAUACACGAGCUGUCUCUCAAGCCCGGGCGGAUACAGCCCGGGAUACGGCAGCAGCGGAGACGGUGACGGGGAUGGUGGCGGGAAUCCCACGUGCAACGAUGGCUGCCAGCUUACCUCCUACGACCUAAACAAUGGCUACUGCGAUUGUGCCGACUGUGAGGACGAAGCAGAUUGGACCUGCGAGCUUUGUGCCGGAGGCUGUUCCGCAACUAGCUGCGCCUUCGAAUUCAAGUGGUGCUCGUGGUUUCCAGGUGACAACUUUACUUGUGACGACGGUUGUGCCAUCGACGGCACGAAGAUCAACAACGGCUUUUGCGAUUGUGGGCAGUGUGAAGAUGAGGUGCAUUGGUCCUGCGAGGAGUGUGGCUGCCCUACAACCUGCGGCGAACCCGGCAAGCCUUGUCCUGUAAAGUUCGAGUGCAAUGAUGGCUGCACAUUGCCAAACUCUACCAGGAACGACAACAAGUGCGACUGCACUGGGUGUGAAGAUGAAGAUCGAUGGGAUUGCACGACGUGUGACUGCCCUCCCACCCCGCUUGUUUGCGGAAUAACAGGUAUCGGAUGCGGUCCAAUAAUAGCUGGAGAUCUCUUCUUCGCCUGUGAAAGAUGCUGGAUUCCCUAUGCACAGAAGGACGACGGGGAGUGCAACUGCGAGGAAUGUGAAGAUGAAGCAGACUGGACCUGCACCAGCUGUGGCGGCUGUCCCGACAAGUGUGGCCCGGGAGGAUCUGCGGUUGUUUGC